AUGUGCACUGUUGCGCUCUUGGCUGGCAACGCAAGCAUCACGCCCACAGGAUUCGUAGUUAUUCGUAGAUCGGCCAAUACCGGACCGAAUGUGUUGACUGGACGAAUCACGGCGAUAGUUUCUGGUCCACUGCCAAGGAAAAUCGGGCCGGAGGUCCACCAAAUGCCAAGCCCUCGGGAUGCUGCCUGA